AUGACGAAAAACCUCUUGGUCUUGCCUGUUCCUGCGUCCCCUACGGGGGUACUUUCAAUCAGAGGGAUGACGACGGAAGCAGAGUCCGUUUGGCCUGAGUGGAUGAUCAUUUUGGGGAUCAUUCUUGGAGCACUUGUGCUCAUACUGCUUUGUUAUCUGGGGGCCUGGCUCUACAAUGCCAGCAUGAAGAUCUGCCAAAACCCUCAGCACAUCCUCUCGAAGGAGUACCGGAGGAAGCACCGACAAUGGAGGAGGGAUAAAACCCGCGCGGCGCGUCAAGACAUAGAGGGAGGGUUCGACAUCCCCGAGCCCAAGUUUCCCAUUGCUGUGUACGCCCGCGACCCAUCAACACCGUUGCCUCCUCCCGUCCCUGACGCCGACUCCUUCCCCUACCAGUUUGUCGUCGUCCCGAGGGAGUAUGCGCAAUGGUACUCCGGGAAUUUCGGCGAGGCUUGA